AUGAUCCCUGCCCCCAAGCCCCAUUCUCCAGUUUGUUCAGUUGUGAAUGCUGCGUCCUGUCCUGGUGACGGGAGAACAAUGUUGGUGAACGUCGAAGAGGGUGUCCGAGUGCUCCGUGCGCCCCUGGGAGCGAGUGGGGCGGAAGCCCGGUCGGCCGGCAGCCUGGCGAUAGCGCUCUAUCUGCGCUGCCGGCUUGGCCUACUGGUUAUUUGCGACGGGGCUGUGGUCGGUUCAGCGGGUGCGCCGGGGACUGGCAGGGGCGGGGCGGCUUUAUCGCCCGGUUCUGCGGCUACUGCCUGGCGCUCCAGAGCUAGCUGGACCGCUGUCCUCUCGCCAUGGGCUCCGGUGAGUCUGGGGUCUGCCCGGCCAGGCCGCUCCCUGAGUAGAGUCCGGUGGGGAGGUGCUCUGUCCUCUGGGCUGUAGUCGGGAGAGGUUUGGGUCAGACUUAGAGGGCACUUCCAGCCGUGCCGGGCUGUCGGGGUGGAGAGGCUCGCGGGUGAUGGGGGGCACGCGGGUGCCCCGGGACCCCGCCCAGGCCCCAAGGGCCGGGCUCACCGCGGCGCUUCCCUUCCAGGGCCGCGCGGGGCGCUGAGCCUAAUGCUUCUGCUGCUCGCGCCGCCGGGCCGCCCGGCCGCUGGCUGCCCGGCCCCGUGUCGCUGCGCGGGGACGCGCGUGGACUGCGGGCGCCGCGGGCUGACGUGGGCUUCGCUGCCGGCCGCCUUCCCGCCAGAUACGACCGAACUGGUGCUGACGGGCAACAACCUGACGGCGUUGCCACCAGGGCUGCUGGACGUGCUGCCGGUGCUGCGUGUCGUGCACCUGGGCGCCAACCCCUGGCGCUGCGACUGCCACCUGGUGCCGCUGCGCGCCUGGCUGGCAGGCCGGCUGGAGCGCGAGCCCUACCGCGACCUGCGCUGCGCCGCGCCCCCCGCGCUACGGGGCCGCCUGCUGUCCUACCUGGCGGAGGAGGAGCUGCGCGCCGCCUGCCCGCCUGGCGCGCUCUGCCGCGGGGCGCUAGCGGCGCAGCUCCUGCUACUCUGCCUUGGGCUGCUGCACGCGCUGCUGCUGGCGCUGCUGCUGUGCCGCCUGCGGAGGCUGCGCGCCCGCGCCGCGCGCCGGUGGCCGCUGACUACCCCGCUGGCGGAGGAGCCCGCGACCCCCGAGCCGAGCGACUGGCGCUGAGCCGUGCGGCCGGCCCGCUGACGGCCCCCCGCUCCGGCCGCAUCCUCCGCCCACACGAUCUCCCAGACGCUCCCCCCACCGCGGCCGCGCGCAGGGGCCCCACUGCUGCGCGCGCACCGCUGGCGACACGCUCGCACCCCCUGGACCUGGAUGCCGAAGCGGGCCCGGGGCGAGCCGCUGCCCAGACCAGUCGAGCCCCCCACGCCAUCUCCAGUGCGAAUAAACCCUGCUCUCCAUCCGACCGAUCUCUGCACCGUGCGACUCGGAAUCCCCCCCUCAAACCCAGAAA